AUGGCAUUUCUGUGUGCAGUUGCCUGCCUGGCCCUUGCCAGCACUGUCUCAGGCUGCGGGGUGCCUGCCAUCAGCCCCUCAGUGCACUACAGUGAGAGGAUCAUCAACGGGCAGAACGCGGUGCCCGGCUCUUGGCCCUGGCAGGUGUCCCUGCAGACCCGCUCCGGAUCCCACUUCUGUGGCGGCUCCUUGAUCAACGAGAACUGGGUCGUCACGGCUGCCCACUGCGAAUUCAACCCAUACUCCCAUGUUGUCGUCCUCGGGCAGUAUGACCGCAACUCCAACACAGAGUCCACUCAAGUGAAGACCGUGGUCAGGGCUAUCACGAACCCCAGCUGGAACCCCUACACGCUCAACAACGACAUCACCCUGCUGAAGCUCUCCUCGCCCGCCCAGCUGGGACGCCGUGUGUCCCCCGUGUGCCUCCCCCCCGCCAACCUGGCUCUGCCCACCAACCUCCAGUGCGUCACCACCGGCUGGGGACGCACCAACACCAACUCCCAAGCCUUGGCAGUGCGCCUGCAGCAGGUAACCGUGCCCUUGAUCUCCCGGAACCAGUGCAUGCAGUACUGGGGCAACCGGAUUAGCAGCUCCAUGCUCUGUGCCGGCGGGGUCGGUGCCUCCUCCUGCCAGGGUGACUCUGGUGGACCUCUGGUAUACCAGAACGGGAACGUCUGGACCUUGAUCGGCAUUGUCUCCUGGGGAAACAGCAACUGCAACGUCCGUGUGCCGGCCAUCUACACCCGCGUAAGCCAGUUCCGAAACUGGAUCGACUAUGUUGUUGCUCAGGGAUAA